AUGGCUCAAGUGCUUCUGAUCCCUAUUGCUAAACAGGUCCUUGGCAAAGUAACCAACUUGGCAUCGGUGGAGAUUGGACUGUUGUGGAACUUCAAUGGGGAGCUAGAGAAGCUGAAGGACACGGUCUCCACUAUCCAGGCCGUGCUCCUUGACGCCGAGGAGAAGCAGGCCCACAACCAUCAAGUCAAAGAUUGGCUCGAGAAGCUGUCCGAUGCAAUGUAUGAUGCCGAUGAUCUGCUCGAUGAUGUCUCCAUCGAGGCUGCACGAGCAAAAGAUACUGCAGAUGAUGAUGGCCGGAGAAGAACAGGGGCAACUUGCUGGAGCUUGGUAAGAUUUCUGGUCUCCUUUCUUCCGAAGCAAUUGCUUUAUACGCUUAAGAUGGCUCGUGGUCUUAAGGCAAUUCGGGAGAAGCUCGAUAUGAUAUCGAAAGAUAAGGAUAAUUUCAAGUUGGAAGUUCGUACUGAGGAAGCUCUUGUUUUGUGUCGGGAGACGGAUUCUUGUCCUCUCACAAUUGUUAUUGGGAAAGAAGUUGAAAAAAGGAGAAUCAUUCAGCUAUUGCUGAAUUCCAAUUGUGAGGACAGCAGCUUUGUUGUCCCUAUUGUUGGAAUAGGCGGAUUGGGAAAGACCAUGCUCACUCAGCUCGUUUAUUGUGAUGAUCAAGUGAAGGCACACUUUGAGAUAAGAGUGUGGGUGUAUGUUUCACAGAAGUUUGAUAUAAAAGGGAUUCUGGGGAUGAUAUUGCAAUCCAUCAGUCGUGAAAGCCAACCAGAUCUUGCAUUGGAUGUUCUAAAAGAUAAGAUCCAAGAGGAAAUUUGUGGGAGAAGGUUCCUGUUUGUUUUGGAUGAUGUUUGGGAGGAAAACGUUGAAAGUUGGGAAGCUUUAGGAAAAUAUUUGAAGGUUGGUGGCUCUGGGAGCAGAGUGUUGGUGACCACUCGGUCAAAAGAAGUGGCUGAGAUCAGUAGCAGAAUUUUGAAACUGGGAACAAGAAGUAGUAUGAUGGAGUCCCCCUAUUUCCUGGAAGGUUUGUCACUUGAUGAAUCAUGGAGUUUGAUGGUAGAAAAGGCCCUUCAUGGAAAAGUUCCUCAAAACCCGAAUGUAGAAAGAACUGGGAAAGAGAUACUAAGGAAAUGUUGUGGAGUGCCCCUUGCUGUAAGUACAAUAGCUGGUCUAUUACGUUCCAAAGAUCCGGAGACUGAAUGGUCAUUGUUUUCAGAGAAUGAUUUGACGAGCAUUUCUGAAGAAAAGAAUCUUACCAUGUCAACCCUCCGACUAAGUUUCAAUCAUCUUCCUUCUCAUCUGAAACGUUGCUUUACUUAUUGCAAGUUGUUUCCAAAGGGUUGUAAACUGUAUGUUCAACCUUUAGUACAACUUUGGAUAGCACAAGGAUAUAUCGAAUCGGGAGAUGAAGGUUCAGAAGAAAUGGGUUUGCAUUGUUUCAAAAUGUUAUGGUGGAGGUCGUUUUUCCAGGAGGUGAAGAUGGAUAAAUUGGGCAAUAUAGAAACUUGCAAGAUACACGAUUUGGUUCAUGAUUUAGCCUCGUCAUUAACAGGAGCAAAAAUCCUCAAAAUUUCAGAUUCAAGUGCUCCGAAGAACAUAUCUUCAAAAACUCGUCAUUUGGCUGUGAUGCAGGGAACUAGAGUUGGUGCUGGUUAUAUACGAGAGGCAAGCAAGUCGAGAACAUUUAUGUGUCAUAUGCCAAUUGAAAAAUCAAGAAAGAUCAUCCGCUACUUCAGAUUUUUGCGGGUGUUGGUAAUAUCAUUAGAAAGAGAUUUGCUGUAUUGGCGGAGUCCGUUGAAGCUGGAAGAAGACUCGUGGCUCCUCCGUGGUCAUAACAGACAAGAUUCUGAACUGUUCGAUUGUAUUGGUGAGUUGAAGCAUUUAAGAUUUCUUCGUUUCUCCUGCCAACAAAUGACAAAGCUUCCCGAUUCUGUUACUAACCUUCUUACAAUGCAAGUGCUUGACCUCUCAUUAUGUAGUCACCUCACAGAAUUACCUAGGGAUAUCAGAAAGCUAGUUAAUUUGAAGCAUUUGUACCUUGAUCCUUCUGUGAAGUUGACUCAUAUGCCUAAGGGGAUUGGGGAAUUAGCGUCCCUUCAGACGUUAAAAAAGUUUGUGGUUGGCACUAGGACCAGUGGAGAUGUUGGGGGGCUGAAUGAGUUGAACGGGUUAAUUGCUUUACGUGGGGAGCUCACCAUUGAAAGCUUGACUAAUGCUGUACCUGUGGGUAUUUAUAUCUUGAAGAAGCAGUUAUGUCUUAAGUCUUUGGUUUUGAAAUGGAAUGAACUGCAUUACAGUUGCUACUCUUCUUCUACUAAUAAAGAUGAAGAGAUCCUGGAAAAGCUCUGCCCACACCCUAAUCUAAAAAAGUUGGAGAUACACCAUUACGGAGGCUUAAAGCUUCCCAACUGGUUGUCCAUCACGAAUCUGGUGGAGAUAUCAUUAGCAGGUUGCUGGAGUUGUGCGUAUCUUCCAUCAUUGCAUAAACUCCCAUCUCUAAAGAAGCUCCACAUUCUGAAUUGUCCGAAUCUAAAGGGCAUUAAUAUAGAGAACGCGGAAGAGGAGUGGCCAUGUUUCCCAUGUCUUUCUCACUUGGAAAUACUCAACUGCCCAAACCUGACUUGCAUGCCUCUCUUCCCAACCAUUGAACAAAAAUUGUUCCUGCGGAGAACCAGCUCACAAGCAUUGGUCCGGACAAUGAUAAAGAAGGUAGCCCCCGAUACAGAGGAACGUAUGUCCUCUUCCUAUACUUGGCCUCCACUCUCCAAGUUGACACAUUUGAGACUCGAAGGGAUUGAUGACUUGGAAUCUCUGCCAGAAGAAGGCAUGCACAACCUCACUUCCCUUCAGGAGCUUCUUAUUUUCGAAUGCCCGAGGCUAGCAUCUUUGCCUCAAGCGGUGAAACACCUCCCCUCCUUACAAACAUCAAACAUUCGGGGAUGUCCUCAGUUGUCAACAGAAAGAUGCAGUGAGGGCGAGGAAGAAGAUAUCAUCAGUUUGGACUUCCAGAAAACCUCCAUGGGUUCAGGUAUCAUUUUGCCUGAAACGGUGCUGCAGCCUGCAGCACAUUCAUCAUCGCAUUUUUAUUAG